UGCCUGGCCCCAGGACAGCUCCCCAAGGCGCCCAGGUGAGCGGUGCCGAAGGAGGGGCGGAUUUCCCCGCGCACCCAGCGCCGCCGCCGCGGCUCGGCGCAGCAUGAGCGCGGGGCCGGCCCGCGAAGAUGUACGUGGGAUAUCUUGUGGAUAAGGACACCAACAUGUAUCCCAGCCCGGUCCGGCACCCCAGCCUCAACCUCAGCCCCCAGAACUACGUGCCGGGGCCGCCGCAGUACUCGGACUUCGCCAGCUACCACCAUGUGCCGGGGAUCAACAACGAGCUGCACCACGGGCAGCCGGCCGCAGCCUGGGGCUCUCCCUACACCCCUGCCAAGGAGGACUGGCAUUCCUACGGCCCCGCCGCCACCCCUUCCGCCGCCAGCCCCGGCCAGUUUGGAUUCAGCCCCCCAGAUUUUAACCCCAUUCAGCCCCCGGGCUCUGGACUCCUGCCCCCACCCAUCAGCAGCUCGGUGCCCCAGCUCUCCCCCAAUGCCCAGAGGCGCACCCCGUAUGAGUGGAUGAGGCGCAGCAUUCCCAGCACCAGCAACAACGGCAAGACCAGGACAAAGGACAAGUACCGGGUGGUGUACACGGACCACCAGCGCCUGGAGCUGGAGAAGGAGUUCCACUACAGCCGCUACAUCACCAUCCGCCGCAAGGCCGAGCUGGCUGCAGCCCUGGGGCUGACCGAGCGGCAGGUGAAAAUCUGGUUUCAGAAUCGGAGGGCAAAGGAGAGGAAGGUGAACAAGAAGAAGCUGCAGCAGCAGAGCCAGCCCACCAGCACCACCACGCCGACCCCCCCGGCUGUCAGCACCCUGGGACCCAUCGGGGGAAUCUGCAGCAGCAAUGCCCCCAGCCUCGUCUCCUCUUCUCCACUCACCAUCAAGGAAGAAUUCAUGCCUUAACCCUCUUCUCCAGCUACAGACCCCAAGAGAAAAGCACUAUGCAGCAGAGCCCUGCCAGCCCAUGUGCUCUGAAGGGUGACAGCCCCUUCCCAAAGACAUGACUGUCCCUGGCUGAUAGGGCAGACAGCGAGGCUGGGCCAGGUGCCACUGGGGCCCUCCCAAAGGACUCUUGGUGGGCUCUGCCUUGUGUAAAAAACAUGGGUUAGGUGCUGCUCUCCCAUAGGAGCACACA